AUGACGGCGACGAUGUCGACCUCGGCCGCGGCCAGGGACCCCAGCUGGCGCCGCCACUCGCGGAGGACGGGGGAUAUUAGACGGAAGGUGAGCGGAGGAUCGGCUCGCUUUUCCAGGAAGGGAAUUCGGCAACGGACCAUAUCCAACGGAGCUCCGGGAGGUGAAGCUUUACAAAUCUCAACCGUCCAUUACAUAAAGUACAUCAACAUCGCAAACCACGUGGACACCCUAAAUCAACGCCACCGCAACGAUCGCCGCCGCGAAGGCGGUGCCGCCAACGGCGGCCCUACUCACGAACCCAUCGUUCGAUCCGUCGGACGGAGGCUGUUCAGACGGUGUGGCGGCUCCGGGACCCGCAGCUCCGGGACCCGCGGCUCCGGGACUGGCGGCGCCGGCGCCUGGCGCGGCGGCGGGAACUCCGGCAGGCGGCGACGAGGUGGGAGAGGCGACGGGGGCCGGGGUCGGAGCGGCGGUGGGCGGAGCCGGCGAGGGAGAUGGGGUGGCGGUGGGCGGCGCCAACGGGACAGGCGCCGGCGUGGCAGCGGGGGACACCGUCGGAGCUCGGGACGGUGCUUGCGCCGUACAGGUGGUGGCGACCAGGGCUAG